AGGAGGAGCUCCGGUGCAAACCGGAGGCUUAUCGUCGGUGCAGGCGCAGCGGCCAGUCAGCAGGCUGUCACAGCUCCUAACGGCCACACACUGGCGCCUUGCUCAGUGCACACAGCCGCUCAGUUACCUGUCCUCAUUGCAAGACAGCCAGGCACCUGCACACAACUGCAGCUCGCAUUUGUACCUUUUUUGUUUUUAAACUCUGGACGGAAAAGUUUUGAUUGCUUUUGUGAUAAACCAGAGACAAGAUUGCAUUUUUUGGUUUUUAGCUGGGAGGAGACUCUUUAUUUCUCAUCAAGCAUCCUUCCGUGGCUGCAAUUCAAAUUCUAAUCUGUUGGACUAAGACAUUUGAAGGGAAGAUAUGAAAUUAGCUGUUGGCUCCCUCUGGAUCCUUUGCUCUCUAAUAAAGUGCAGCAAGGCGUCUGCUGGCACUGAGCCACUUUCAGAACCAUUGCUCAAGCCGGGACGGAGCGAAGGGAGCCGAGAAGAGGCAGCAAAAAACAGUCAAUACAAAUGUCUCAAUCUGUCCAACAAAGAGCGUCCGCAAAACAAAAGCGUAGGUACCUUCUGUGGACAAAUGUGGGAUGGCAGGUUGUGCUGGGAAGAGACACCAGCGGGUACAGCUGUAACACAGAGAUGUCCCAAUCACAAUGGCUUCAACCCCACUGGAAAUGUGACCAAAUAUUGUGACCAGUGGGCUAAGUGGGUCCCCGUAGGGUCCACCUGUGAGGAAGCCUCAAAGGAUGCAACAAAGGAAGUCUCCAGUGUUUUCAAGGGCGUUAGGGAUAAGCCAAGCACAGACAGCGGCAGCAAUAUGGAGAAGAAAAUACUUCACAACAAAGAGAAAUGUCUUGUGAAAAUGAAACAAGACCCACCUGACAAUAAAACAGGACUGUUCUGUAGUCACAUUUGGGAUGGUUGGCUUUGUUGGGACGUUACUCCAGCACAAACCUACGCCACCCAGAACUGCCCCGAUUAUUUUGUUGACUUUCAACCUUCAGGAAAGGCAACCAAGUAUUGUGGAGAGCAUGGGGAGUGGUUUCGCCAUCCGGAGAGUGACAGUUUUUGGACCAACUACACACUCUGCACCAGCAACUAUGAGAACACGUCAAGGAAACAAAAGCUGCUUGACAGUAAAUACAAAUGCCUCUUGAAAACAAGCCAAGAUCCUCCCUUUAAUGGAACAGGGCUGUACUGCACUCGGAACUGGGAUGGCUGGCUGUGCUGGGAUGAUACUGCAGCAGGAACCUAUGCAACCCAAAAUUGCCCUGAUUAUUUUUCAUACGCUGACCCCACAGAAAAGGCAAGUAGGUACUGUGGAGAGGAUGGCCAGUGGUAUCGCCACCCAGAAAGCAACACGACAUGGACCAACUUUACACUCUGUGCUGUCAACAUUCAGGAAAAGUUGGAGGGUGCCAGUGCCCAACUCUCAGGGGACAUGCAGCAAGACUUUGCCAAUGAGGCCACAGUGAGCCCCAUGUUGAGUCCAGAGGAGCAAGCUCUGAUGAAGAAAAUCCUUCCCAACCAGUACAAAUGCAUCGAGAAAAUGAAACGAGAUGCUCCUUAUAUCAAAUCAGGGCUGUAUUGCAGUCGCAACUGGGACGGCUGGUUGUGCUGGGACGAUACUCCCGCAGGAACCUACACCUCCCAAAACUGCCCAAAUUAUUUUAUCGACUUUGACACUACAGAAAAGGCAAUUAAGUACUGUGGGGAUGAUGGGCAGUGGUUUCGCCACCCUGACACCAACAGAACCUGGUCCAACUAUACACUCUGCAAUGAAAACACUAAAGCAAAAUUAAAGUCAGCCUACAUCCUGUUUUACAUGGCCAUUGUGGGUCAUGCCUUAUCUAUAGCCUCCUUGCUCAUCUCUUUGGCCAUCUUCUUCUACUUCAGGAGUUUGAGCUGCCAAAGGAUCACCUUGCAUAAGAACCUUUUCUGCUCCUAUGUGCUCAAUUCUGCCCUCACCAUCUUCUACCUGGUGGCAGUGGUCAACAAUCUCGACGUAGUGAGCAGGAGCCCUGUAUGGUGCAAGGUGUUGCACUUUUUCCACAUGUACAUGCUGGGAUGCAAUUAUUUCUGGAUGCUCUGUGAAGGAAUCUACCUGCACACGCUCAUCGUGGUGGCGGUGUUUGCAGAGGAGCAGCAUCUGCACUGGUACUACCUCCUGGGCUGGGGUUUUCCUCUGGUGCCCGCAUCCAUCCAUGCUGUAGCAAGAAAAACCUUUUUCGAUGACAACUGUUGGAUGAGUGUGGAAACUCAUCUGCUGUAUGCGGUCCACGGUCCUAUAAUGGCAGCUCUGGUUGUGAAUGUCUUCUUUUUACUCAACAUUAUAAGAGUGCUAGUCACCAAGCUGAGAGACACACACCGUGCAGAGUCUAACAUGUACAUGAAGGCCGUGAGAGCCACUCUGAUCCUGGUGCCCCUGCUGGGAAUACAGUUUGUCAUUUUCCCCUGGAGGCCAGAGAACAGGUUGGCGGGGGAGGUGUACGAGUACAUCAUGCACGUACUCAUGCACUACCAGGGUUUACUGGUGGCAACCAUAUUCUGCUUCUUCAAUGGAGAGGUGCAGGCCGCUCUGAAGAGACAGUGGAUGCAGUACAAGAUGCAGUGGGGUCAGCGACGAAAGGACCACUGUUCAAUGCGCUCCACAUCAUACACGGCCACCUCCAUCACAGAGGUUCCUCCCUUUAUGUACCACCGCGACAGCAACAGCGAACACUUGAACGGGCGCCACACGGACGACUCGGAGCUGGUGGCGCUCAAAUCGGGCGAGAUCCCCUGAGGACUAAUCACACCACGGCAACAGUAUACGCCAAAUGGCCGUGACUACAUCUCCGGGGAUGGAACAGUGACCGGGGAGCAGACGGAGUCUCUUCUAUGACUUGAUGACUGUCCCUGUUGCUGAGACUUUUGACCCGUGUCACGCUGGUGCCGAAGAGACGGAAAUAACUGUGAUGACAAUGCUGUCUAUUGGAGAUGACGUCGCGAUAUUAACGUAUAGUGGACAUCAUCAACAGGAAGUGAAACAAACAAUCCUUUCUUUCCUCACAUGCGAUACCAAAGGGUACUGGCUGUUAGUCAGCGACUGGAUGGGGAUGUUCUGUGUCCGAGUGGGCCCGGAUGUGGUACCCUGACGCGCUCAAACACACACACUCACAAAGUUCUAAUAUGUACCAGCAUUAGUCUGGUCACGUGCCACGAAAUGUUGCAAAUUACCUUCUAUGUUUAAAGCUCUGGAAGUGUGUACAUAAAAUUAGUUAAAAAAAAAAUAAUAUAUAUUUUUUUCUAUUAAAAUGGUAUCACUUUUCAUUCCAGAGUAUAGUGCUCCAUGUCUGUCCUGUGAUGCUGCACACAAUCAUCACAGUGCAAAAACAAAAAAAAAGACAUAUGAUUUAAAAUAUAUAUAUUUCAAACAAUUGUUUGUAUGUGUGAGGGCAACGAUGCAGUUUACAUCGAGUGGACUGCCUUGGUUAAAUAACCAGAAUUGUUCUUUAUAUACAAUACAGAAGAUCCCUGCUAAGACCCACGACUAACUGAUGUCUGUUUUUAACACGCAACUCGCUCCUAUCCCUCCUCCUCGCUUGACGUUCAUGUUUUCCUCCGAUUUUGGAUCAGCAUUUGCAAUAAAAGUGACUGUUGUAAUUAUUAGGUUAGAUUCAGGUCCAGAACCUUCUCUCUUCAACUCCCAGCGAUGGAAGCUUCCAAGCUAAAUGCUCAAUCCAGGUUUAAGCCAGAAAUAUGCCUCACGCACUUAUUUAUUAACGCAUUUACAUGAUUAAAUGUAGAGGUACUCACCACUAAUGAAUGGUAAUGACGAUCGAUAGAACAGAUGAGUCACAGGCUCGCUCAUGUCUGUCGUGGGGCCGCCUCCACCUCACGCUGAAGCAGCUAGCGGUAGUAGCCCCGCAGGUCGCUCGGUCGUCCCGACUUGCUGUCGGAGAAGGCAUUUCAAGUCAAGAUAAUCCACAUUCCAGUGAGGAUUUACGAUCAUAUAUUAACAUGUGUUCACCUUGCUGCAGGUUUUGACGCCCUGUUGUUAUAAGUUUCAUUUUUGCAACAAUGGUGCGUUCAAAGACAGCUGAAGAACUGUGAAAUCUCAACGCUGGAUGAAAAACAGUGAAGCAUAAAGACAAACGUAAAAAUUGCGGGCUGGUACACGUAUGCUGUACACUGUACCUGUAUUAUCACAUUUUUCUGAAUUAUUAGCAACUUCGGGUGAACAUGAUUUUUUUUCUUCAUGGAAAAAAGGCUUAUUUUUGAGAGAGGAAAAAACAAAUUGACCAAAAAUCUGCAUAUUUGCAGGGUUCGUAAAUGCUGAUAUGCAAAUGUGCGGGGAUCCACUGGAUGUGGACAAAAGUGUUGGAAUACCUAUAGAAUUUCACCUAAAGGAAGAAAAAAAAUGCACCAUACACAUAAUUCCAAAUGUGUUUGAUGGGGCUGAGGUCAGGAAACUCAAGUUUUUCCACACCAAACUAACUAAGCUUUAUUUUUUAGUGUUUGUGCUUAUGUUUCAUAGCAGAUAAAUAACAUUAUAUACAUCACUCAUACAAUCAGGUCAUUUCAUUUGACAGAAUUAAGUAUGAAGCACUUAUGUUUUAGAAGCUUUAAACCACCACAUCAUGAAUAAUGUUUGCGUAUUCACUUUAAUGUCUUACGUUACAAUCUAAAGGAAACGGUGACAAUCAAUCGGAGCGAGUGGUGUUCAUUCCGUGAUGACAUUUUGGAAAGUAUUUAUUUUGGUAUACAGUGGAAGCUCAGUUGGUGUGUAUUUAGGGUAAGUUUGAAAAUUUACACCACAAUUUUGCUUCGGUUUGUGUACAUUUUCCGGUAAGUGUACAAUAUGGCUCGCGCCUUGUCAUGUUAUCAAUACGCUGCAUGAGUCCAACUGUGUUCUUAAUGAAUUUUUUUUUUUAAUCACAAAACGUCCUUGUUAGCAUCCCAUAAGCUUGCUAAUACAUGGAAACAGGAAGCGUAAGUCAGCACCGUCGUUUUUAUAGUUUUAUGUGCAUACAACAGUUCUGAAUGCAUUAAAUGACAAAUGAAAGGGAUACAAAUCUAAAACUAUAUAAAUAAAAAACAUUAUGCUUUUCAUUCAUCAUUUAUCGGAAUUUAUAUGCAUUUUGAAUGGUUUUCUGCAUGUAAAACAAUAAUGCAGUCGUCCCUCGUUUAUCGCGGCUAACUGGUUCCAGACUCGGCCGCGAUAAGUGAAUUCGAAAUUAGCAAAGCUGGUUAUGACUUUCUAAAUACAAUUUUUACUAUUAUUUCAGCCCUAUGCUCACCUUUACACUCCUAUUAUUUUUUGUUUACAACACAAUGCUCAACUGUAAUGCACAGGGUGCGGGAUCACUGCAGGGACACAAGAGACGGCCGCCGCUUUAAACAGAAUGCUACCGAGUUAACUAGUUAGCCUCCAAUUUGUUUAUUCUUAACAAGGGUUUCGAAUAGAGUGGGGAAUAAGGAUGAAAGUAACAAGCCGAAAACUUACCACUUCCACACGGACUGGGAGGAUAACUUUUUUUCACUAUGUCAUGUCGGACUCCAUGCAGUGUGAAGGUAAUCUAAUGUAAUGUUAUGUCUCAUAAAUGUAACAUUACUGACGCCUCGUGACCAGAACACUACAUAGAACUCGUCUUUCAAUAUUUUUGACUAAUAGUCCACAGGCAACCACAAAACAGCCAUUUAUUAAUUGAUUUUUGCGAUAGCGAUAGAGUGACGGAGCUAUGUUUGAACCACGAUGUAGCGAGGGACGACUGUAGUACGUUUCAGUUAGAGUCGGGCCUUCUGGAACGGAUUAAUGACUUCCUCCUCAUGUUAAAGAAUACGGGUUUGUCUAAGCUUGUGUACGUGUGUAGCCAACAUGCAUAUACAGUAUGAUUUCUUUGCCCUGUGGCACAAGUUUGAUUAAUGGCUGUGGUUCCUUUUGUCUUCUUGUCUCUCUCUCAGCUUGGAUGGACAUCAUUAAAAAAUGUGCUUUGUUUUGCCACCCCACGUAGGAGUAUGUAGCACAAGAAUACACCAUAUUUCCCAAUCUGCGUUUUUUUUUUUAUUUUGUGGCGAGUAUGGUUGGAUAAAAAUGAGAAUGGAGGAAAGAGGAAGUUUCCAGCAGUUGUAAUUAGAAGAGGUAUAUUUCAUGGUACACAAACUUUCUUUUGAAGCAUUUCAUGUUUAACAAAAGGGGGCCUCGCUCCAUUUGGUCGUCUUUAUGAUUUCUUUGGCUCGGCGUUUGCAGCCUCCUCUUUUCUAAAGUCUCCUUUCAUAGAAUCCAUUGCAGCUUUACCUGAUGGGGGAAAGCAGGCCGGAAUUGACUGACUUUUCACUCAUAAACAUCUUAAGUCGCAGUUGUUAUCAAACUAAGGGGGCUGCAUUCGCUCCUUUUGUGCCAAUAUAGUCUGCCUUGCUGGAGGAGCUACUGUAAAAUAUGCAAUUUCAAGCUCUGCUGAAUCCUAAUGACACAGCCAAGAGAAGAAGACAAACUGUCCUCCUUUGAAUUCAUUCACUGGUCCUAUGAGCUUGAUGAGGAGGGGAAGAUAAUAAUAAUGGCGAUGACUUUUUAUGACUUUUUGCCUUUGGAGAUGUAUAUUCAUUCCUCGGAUAAAUAUUGUCCCUUUGAUCUCAUCGUGGCAAAAGAUAUUUAUCGAAUAGAUCUUCUUCAAUGCAGAGGUCUAAUUGUAUGCAAAGUGUAUAGCUUAUGAAGGGCGAGAUGGAGGACUAAAUCAGGAUACAAUGAUGAAGAAAUCUCCAUAAUUGCUACAGACUCAUCUCAUCAUUCAGUCGUCUGUUGUUCUGUUCCAUAUUGAAUGGAACCAAACUCUACAGGAAGUACUUGGAAUUGUUUUGGAAACUUGUAAAACUGUAGGGAAACGUCAGAGCUUGGCCGAAUUUGGCAUCUGAUGGAGAAACCUGCAGAAAAUGUUGCCUGUGCUCGGAACUUGGCAAUAAAAAUCACCUUGAGUUGUUUGAGCGGGUAAUACCCAUCCAUCAAUCCAAGCUAGGGUCGAGGGUAUGCUGGAGCCUUUCCCAGCCGUCUUUGGGUGAGAGGUGGGGUACACCCCGGAAUGGUCGCCAGCCAAUCGCAGGGCACAUCCAAACAACCAUUCACACUCACAUUCCCACCUAUCGACAAUUUAGAGUCUCCAGUUAACCUAACAUGCAUAUUUUUGGAAAGCGGGAGGAAGCCGGAGUACCCGGCGAGAAGCCACGCAGGGGGAGAACGUGCAAACUCCACACAGAGAUGUUCCGAGCAGGUUAAAACAACAGCUUUAAAACAAAACAAACAAAAAGACUGUUUUACAAAGUGAUGACUUGCAUCAUUAAACUUGAUAAAGACUGGAGCGUAGUUCUAAUAAAGGCACAUUUCCUUGUUAGAAACCAAUCUCAGCAAAAUGAAUGAGAUUUGAGAUUCAAAGAAAAUCUGAUGCUGGUCUGAAACAUUCCAGGUUGCAUAAUUUAUGCUAACAAGUGAGGUGUCAAUGACCUUUUCAGAUACAUUGCACAGAGUUGAAAUGGCCGACUUUCAAGUCAUUACGUUAUGCACAACAGCGACAGGCGAUGAGGUUUACGGCUGGUAAGGUUGUUUUUUUCAUGUUAAUACAGCUUGCUCUAAGAGGAUAACAAGACACGACUGUGAUAAGUGAAUUCCUAGUAGCAUUCCUCAUCUAUAAAUGGAAUAUUUUCAUAGAGCAUAGAAAACCUGUUUACGACCUUCUAAAUACAGUUUUUAACAUUAGAGCCAUCUAGACAGGAAAUAACACCCCUACAGUACAGUCACCUUUACAAGCGCAGUACACAUAAGAGAAAUUAAGCCAUCUAAGAAAUAAAUAAGACUAGUGCUCGUGUGUGUUGCUGUAAAUGUGUUCUGGCGCUUGGGGUGCUGAGUGUGGGGGCGACAGGAAGUGACGUCAGGGUUUCAGAGUUGAGUAUUAGCUUGGCGUGGGUUACGGCCGCAACAGUAGCCCGUUUUAGGGAUUACUGUGCCUGUUGUGAGAUCACUCAAACUUGCAAUAAAAGCCUGUUGCUCCGGCGAGCAAGUCUGGUGCUUGUGUGUCUCAUCGAUCAUUACUGCAACAUUGCUGACACCUAGCAACCAGUGUGGAAUACUAUAUAUAUCAUGUCUUUGAAUACGUCUUCGGAAUGCCUUAUAUUUGUAU